AAUCUAGUCACCAAAACAACAAUCAAUACCAAAACGCCUUGGACGUGAUAUACUCUUCAUACGAGCCAUGCAGAUCACCUAAUACAGAUCAAGAUUGUCACUAACUUUCGAAUUUGGGGCACAAAUGGUUGUCAGAUUAUUCAUGGGAAAUUGAAUGAAAUAGUAGCCGUGGGCUUUUCUUGUCGACCAAUUCUGAAAUUAAUCACCCCAAGAUCCCUGGCAGCUCAAUAUAUAUCUACCGAGCCUUGGGGUUAUUGAAUCUUAUGGGAAGAUAGAGAUAGAGUUCCUGCAGCAUAAGAGGAAAGACUAGGAAAGAUGCCAGAAUACUGUGUGACAGGGGGCACAGGGUUCAUAGCUGCUUAUCUUAUAAAGUCUCUCUUGGAGAAGGGUUAUACUGUGAGGACCACUGUAAGAGAUCCAGAAAAUGUGGAGAAGGUAGCAUACCUUUGGGAGCUAAAUGGAGCUAAGGAGAGGCUCAAGGUUCUCAAAGCUGACUUGCUCGUGGAAGGAAGCUUUGACGAGGGAAUUGAGGGGGUUGAUGGAGUCUUCCACACAGCGUCUCCAGUGCUUGUGCCAUAUGAUGAAAAUGUUAAGGCAAAUUUAAUUGAUCCAUGUAUAAAGGGCACCUUGAAUGUGUUAAGCUCUUGCAAGAAAGCAAGGAGCUGUAGAAGGGUGGUCCUAACAUCUUCGUGUUCUGCAAUAAGAUAUCGAGAUGAUGCUCAGCAAAUUUCUCCACUUAAUGAAUCUCACUGGAGCGAUACAGAAUACUGCAAACGCUACAAUCUGUGGUAUGCCUAUGCAAAGACUAUAGCAGAGCAAGAGGCUUGGAAGUUUGCAGAAGAAAGUGGAAUUGAUCUAGUGGUGGUCAGCCCCUCUUUCGUAGUAGGUCCUUUGCUCGCACCCCAACCAACCAGUACGCUGCAAAUGAUAUUGGCCAUUGUAAAAGGUCUGAUUAAAGAAUACCCGAAUACAACAGUAGGGUUUGUGCAUAUAGAUGAUGUCAUUGCAGCACAUAUAUUAGCAAUGGAGGAAGGCAAAGCAUCAGGCAGACUGGUAUGUUCAAGCUCAGUAGCUCACUGGUCCGAGAUCAUUGAGACGCUAAGGAACAAGUAUCCAGCCUACAACUACAUAAACAGGUGUAGCAACACAAAAGGAGAUGAUAAUCCACACAGCAUGGACAGCAAUAAAAUCAUACAGCUUGGGCUCCCACCGCUGAAAUCCCUUGAUCAAAUGUUUGAGGACUGCAUCAGAAGCUUCCAAGAGAAGGGCUUCCUCUAAGAUCAACCAAAUCUUCUGAAACGCCCUCUCAAUUCAAAGAUCCUACUCCGCUAGGAGUACAUAUACUGAUUUACCGACUGUUCUUGAAUCAUAUUGUCCUGCUAAAACAUAUUUUAACCAUGCAAAUAUAUCAGUAUGCCAAAUAAUGCUGGCCUGCGAAGCCAGGCUCUUGAUCAAAA